CUUAGCCUUUACGCUUGCUUAUCUUUUUUUAUUGUUUUCGAUCACGCUGUGACAUUUCGCGAAAUUUGUUCUCGUUUCACAACACAUAACACUCGAAACGCGAAUUCACUAAUUGUGGAAGAUGUGACGCGCAAAAUAAAACAGGAUGCAGAAGAAAUGAAGCUGCUAGAAGAGUACACGAAGAUAGAAGAAUGGUUGACAGAGAAGAAUGUAGAUGGACAGCGGGAAAUUCAACACUCGAUUGUAUUCUACAAGCAUGGUGCUAACAACAUGGUGUCAGCAGAAAAUUCAAAUAAAUUACAAAUGAAUGCAGCAUGGUUAAAAGGCAUCGCUACUGAAGAUGUAAAUCUUACAUCCCGAUUCAUCCCGCAUUCUGAAGCUGGACUUGUAGAAACUUAUCUGUUAAUAAGAGAUAUACUGAAUUUACAAACAAUAGAUGAGUCACAAGACCCACUGUCAGUUAGUAAUAAGGAUUUCGCAGAAAGUUCAGUUAAGUUUAAGCAGAGAAAGAAUACAAAACUAUUGAAGGAACAUAAAGAAUCUAUGAAACGUAUAAAGCAACCUGAAAACUGGAAAAUAAAUUUGAAGAAAAAUGCUAGAUUAAAGGGGGAAGAAUACAUUGGGGUUGGAGGCAAAAUAGUGCCAGCUAAAAAGAUGGGACAUCCCUGCAUUUGUCGCAUGCAUUGUGCGGAAAAGAUAGAUGAGAAGGAACGCGAGGAAUUGCACAAGUCUUUUUGGAGGAUCUAUACAUGGCAACAGCGAAAGCAAUAUAUCGCCAAAUCUGUCAAAGAAUCUCCGAAACAACGUACUCGAUUGCGCAACAAUGUUCAGCCAGAGCAUUCUUCGAGAUGCCGGCAGGUAACCUUCACGUAUUCUCUCUUAUCGAAUGGUGAAUUCAUCACUGUGUGCAAGUCAAUGUUUCUCAGCACAUUCGCAAUAUCUGAAAAGUUCGUGCGACAUGUGAUGGAGAAAAAACGAAUGUCACCAAGUGGUAUCAUCGAACCAGACCAAAGAGGUAGGCACACACCAAAAACUAAGAAAAGUGAGGACAUAAAAGAGCGAGUGCGUGAACAUAUUAGAUCCUUUCCAUCCGAGAAAUCGACAGAUCCUAAGGAUCGUAGUGGUAGAUGUUAUUUGGACGCAAAUCUAAACAUAGCCACAAUGCAUAAAUCCUAUGUGUUAAAGUGCAAACAGACAGGUGUACCUGAAAGUGAUAUAGUGAAAGAAAGUUAUUAUAGAGAAAUAUUUAAGACCGAAUUCAAUCUUGGUUUUAAACGUGUGCAAGCUAAGGAAAAGAAACUGAUGUCGAAUGUUAGUUGAGAUAAAGAAUGCAAGAAAUAAAUUUGAAUAUAAAAAAAUAUUUCACGUUGGUGCCUAAUGAUUACAAACAUUAAAAUUAUUUAACAUUAAAAUUAAAAAAUUAUUAAAUGAUACAAUAACAAAAAA